AUGGCUAUAGGAGGCUCCAGUGGUUAAGUUAAGUUGUGGUAUAUUGCUGGAAACGAAAUUAUGGCAAGCCUAGAAUUAGAAAAGGGUAAAGAAAAUAUUAACAUGAUAAACUUUUGUGAAAAUGGAUAUUUCUUUGUAGCUGGAAGUGAAGAUGCGAAUACUAUUAGCAUAUGGGAUUUGAGAAAAGGAAAUACUGCGUGCAGUUUUGGAGGUGAAGGGGAUAAAUUUAAUUACACAGCAGUUUAAUUUGAUGAUUUAGGAAGUGUAAUUGCUUUAGGAAAUUAAUAAGGAUUUGGAUAAUAUUCGAGUUAUAUUUUAAGUUGUUCGGAAGAUUAGUAAUUGGCAUUUUCUUAAUAAUGA